GAGAAGGGCACGAGAACGUAUGAGCACAUCGCAGAGAAACGGCUAAGUGGAAAGACAGCCCAGGUAGGCUAACAUACUACGAUUUGACACAGCUCACCGGACACGGAUUAAAACAACGUUUGAACCAUUUCUGAAGACCUUGUUAGAAAGUUACAAGAAGGGGCCGCGGACAGUUUGCUUUUUGGCCACAUCAUCUGCGACCGAGGCGAAUGCAGCCUCUGCGCAAGAGAAGCCGCUCAGCAGUGCGCCCCGUACCAAACUGAAUCACCUAACCUCAGCGCUGCCCCUUGGACUCCGGCAUAUCGACACACUAUACGCAAUACAUUGAAGAAUAAACCGAGCAAGCAGCGGCGACAACACAAAACACUUGGUUUAAAGACGAAUGAGAAGACCGACUAAGGAGGAUUCCUACUUGUAGAAAACGACUGAAAGCAAAACGGACACAAACAAAGUCAUAUUAUUAUCAUAGCUUAAAAUAUAUUUGCUUCAGAUCUACGAGACACAACGUAUAGGCUUGUUUCACAGACGGAACAAUCUAAGCCUCACAGGUUUCGUUACUUUUAGGAAGAACGUCACCAAAGUUUUGAUCCUACUUUAAAGUACACGGACGAUUAGGAGAUGGAGGUCGCAGCCGAUCAAUCUCGGUGGAUGGCGCAUCAUCAUGCGGUACUUAAUGGUCAGCACCCAGAUAGCCACCAUCACGGUCUGACACAUAACUACAUGGAGCCCAUGGCGCCGCUUCUACCCCCGGACGAAGUGGACGUGUUCUUGAACCAUUUGGAUUCGCAGGGCAACCCUUACUACCCAAACUCAAGGGCUCGAGUAUCAUAUGGCCAGGCUCACGCUCGUCUCACUGGAAGUCAAGUCUGCCGGCCACACCUUAUCCACAGCCCGGGCAUUUCGUGGCUGGACAGCGGCAAGGCAGCUUUCUCUGCUGCUCAUCAUCAUAACGCAUGGGCGGUCAGCCACUUCAGCAAGCCCGGACUGCACCCUGCUAGUGCCGGUUACCCUUGCAGCAGCAGUUCCAGCACUGCCCCAGUCUCAUCUCUCACCUCUGCGUCCCACUCCAGCCCUCAUCACCUAUACAGUUUCCCCCCAACGCCGCCGAAGGACGUGUCUCCGGACCCAGGUCCGUCCUCUCCAACCUCAUCUGCAACAAGAAUGGACGAGAAGGAGUGCAUUAAGUACCAAGUGUCAUUGACCGAUGGCAUGAAAAUGGAGGGAUGUAGUCCACUUCGAAGCAGCCUGGCGACCAUGGGUUCCCAGACUCCUUCUACUCAUCACCCCAUCCCAACAUACCCUACAUAUUCACUCCCAAACCCACACGACUACGGCGGCAGCAUAUUCCACCCUGGUAGCCUCCUAGGCGGAUCAGCAUCCAGUUUCACACCAAAGUGUAAAAGCAAACCCCGAUCGAGCUCAGAAUUCUGCACAGAGGGCCGUGAGUGUGUGAACUGCGGUGCCACCUCCACACCGCUGUGGCGGCGAGACGGGACGGGCCACUACCUCUGCAACGCCUGCGGCCUCUACCACAAGAUGAACGGCCAGAACCGGCCCCUGAUCAAGCCCAAGCGCAGACUGUCCGCUGCACGACGAGCCGGCACCUGCUGCGCUAACUGCCAGACAACGACUACUACCCUUUGGAGGCGCAAUGGGAAUGGUGACCCCGUUUGCAACGCCUGCGGCCUCUACUUCAAACUGCACAACGUGAACAGACCGUUGACCAUGAAGAAGGAGGGCAUCCAAACGCGCAACCGCAAGAUGUCCAGCAAGUCCAAGCGCAGCAAGCGGGUGGGUGACGGCUACGACGAGCUCUCCAAGUGCAUGCAGGACAAGAACUCCCCGUUCGGCGGCCACGGGUCCCUGGGCCACAUGGGCCACAUGGGCCACCUGCCGCCCUUCAGCCACUCCGGACACAUGCUGCCCACCCCCACCCCCAUCCACCCCAGCUUCAGCCACCCGCACCACUCCGGCCGCUCGCCCGCCUGGGCCGAGCCGCACUGAGAGAGAGAUAGAGAGAGAGAGAGAGAGAGAGAGAGACCGCGAGAGCGUCUAGGACAGACACACUUGAAUCUCUCCCACCGCCAACCACCACGACCAUGACCACCACCACAACAACCGAACCCCCCUCAAUUUCGCCCGAGGCCCUGCAAACCUUUUUUGCUCUCGAUCAUCCUCAUCCUAUCUCUCCUAUCUCGGCCCCCCCCCCGUCUCCUGUGCUCGGCUGUUGUCAGUCACAUUCAUCCUCGCCUUGUAGCCAAAGCCCUGUUGCUGCUUCACUUCGGGGGAAGACGGAGCAGAACGGCGGCACUUGGCUGGACUUUUCUCGCCGAGGAUGGACACUGUCUUGCCCCAGCUUGGUCUACAGAAUGGCAGAAGGACAGAGCAGGAGUGAGAGAGAGAGAGAGAGACCCUGAGUUAUCUGAUUCAGUGGUCACGGCUACGAAGCUGACUAGUAAAAUGGACCCCCCUUCUACCCAUUUUCUAAAACCAACCUCACCUCUUUGAAAGUUGUAAAAAAUAAAUACAAAAAAUUGAGUGUGAAUGUGGGCACUCCUUCGCUUUAUUUUAUUUUAUUUUUGUGCAUAUUUUGUACUGAGUCACUUUGGUACUGCCCUGAACGAGAGGACACAAGGGGUUGAGAGAGAAAGAGAAAGAGAGAGAGAGAGAGAGAGAGUGUUCCUCUGGUGUCCCUGUGGUACUAACCACUGUGUAAAGCUGGCGGCGUCCCUAUCGUGGACUCGUCUCCUUGUCUAGCAGAGGACUGUCCCCUCAGACACCCCCUGAGUACAAAGGUGUCUGGAGCAGAGAGAGAGAGAGCGCGCUAUCCGACUCUCAUCGCCUCUUACCCCUCACCCCCCCCCCCCCACAUGCUGGAAUAAAGACCAAUUUUAAAAGACUUUAUGUACAAGAGGCAAGCAAACAAACAUAAAAAAGUUUAUGAAGCUUAAUUGUUAUUAUGGUUAUUAUUGUUGAUAUAAUUGUUAUUAUGAUAAUUUAUUUUCACUCUGUUUAUUUCGCUUUCCUCAAAACACAUGGGUAUAUUGUUAAGAAUAUAAUUUGAUUGUUACUAUCAAAAGUAAAAAAAAAAAAAAACACUGACUUAUCCUAGCUAAGGCAUUGUUGCUGAGCUGUAUCUUUUUAUCAUUUUCCAUUACACAAAAUAAAGGAAAUAAAGUUUUAAUACUUAA